UCUUUUACUUUAGCAGUGGGGGCAGUUCAUGUACUGAGUGUAUUAAUCGAUGGCAAGUAAACAGAAGAAAUCAAGCAUGAAGAAGGAGACUCGAUCAAAUUCUGCUAAAGUAUCAGCAUCAUUGAAGGAACAAUUAAUUAAUAAGGAAAAGUUGGAGGAAUUAACCAACCAAAAUGAAGAAUUACAAAAGAUGAUUAAUAGAUACAAGGAGGAAAACAGUGAACUUAGAGACAAAGUGGAAUACCUUUCUAAAAAAAUAGUUGAAUAUGGACAAAGCAAGGGAUAUGAGUUGUCUGAGAGUGAAAAAUCUAAGAUGCCACUGAAUGUAUCAGUAGAGAAUUUGAAUCAAAUAUUAGAUUUAAUUACAAAUGGAGACAAACGUAAAAAGAAGGGACCUGUGGAGUUGAGAGUUGAGGAACUUGAAACAAGAAUCACUCACCUGAAUAUGGAACUUGCCAAGAUGGUACAAUUAAGGCUGAGUCUAGAAAAUGGCUUAGAGGAUAUAGAGUUUUGUGAGACGCUUGUAGAUGCUAAAACAAAGGCUAGGUUUUUGCUAUAUGAACUCAGAGGGAAUCGUCUCUUUUCCUGUUUGGAACAAGAAGAAGAUGAGAGUUAUGAUGUAACAACAAUACCUCCCAAUGAUGCGGAUCAUCCCGUGUCAACAACAGUCCCCCCACUGGACACACCCAGACAGUCUCUAGUCAAGGAAUUCCAACCUGUCAGUCUGUCACCGCCUCUGAAAAAGCUUGCUGGAGACACACAUAUCAAGAACAUGAACCCUGAUCUCAAGAAGUACAUCAUACAAAACCUCAGCAUGUAUAAAGGAAAUGGUGCAGACUGGAGAAUGCUAGGAGAAAGGGUAGGGAUUCCCCUGGAGACCAUUCAGCAGUGGCGCCGAUGGAAGGUGGAGAAUCCAGCGGAGUAUGUGCUUCAGUCAUGGGGUCAGAGUGCAGGAGCCACCGUCCGCAUGCUUCAUCGGCAUCUAAUUUCACCACAGAUGAACUGUAUCAUUCUUGCCAAACGCAUCAGUGACUUUUACUUGGUGGAGUGAAAGAAUAGGAUUGCCUUAUUAUACUCGUAUAAACUGCCAUAUUUAUUUGUAUGCUCACAAACCAUGACUACUGCAACACAAUAGCACUAGUGAUUUAAUUUGUAAAAACUUGCAAUAGCUAAGCACAUAAACUGUUAACAAUUUUUUUAACUUUGGUGCCAAUUGGAAAGUGAAACAUAGUCACUCUAUAGAUUGAUGAUAUCUGCAUGUCUGUCUGAUUCAAUAAUUUUUGUUCAAGAAUUAAUAUUUUGAUAUAUGAUGACAUACUUAAAGCUAUAUAUUGUGUAUCUAAGCUAAAAAAUGAUAAUAUGAGAUUAAGUGUAGAUAUACAUGAUAUAAUGUUAUUUACAUUCGAAUUAAAAUUUUCACCGAUUUUG